AUGGCCAUUGAGUAUGACAACAAGUGUGAUCGCGACAUCUGGACCGAUGUCUCGCGUAACUGCAACGCCAAAGACUCGAUCCUCACGUUGUUCGACCCCAUUAUGGCCAGGACACAAGGCGGCAAUUUGGAGACGUUCUUUUCCAGCCUCGACCUAACCAUUGCCAAAGCCUCCCGCAACUGGUUGGCAACGGGCUAUCAAAUUGCCAUCACAAACAUUUGUGCUUUGUUGGACUAUGGCUUGGCAACCAACGGCAUAAUGAGGGCGAUUGCCGCCUCGACAGAGCCCCCUCCAAUGCCGGAGGCCGCCGAUGAUGCAUCGAACAAUCAAGGCGAGCCGGAGACGAAUACCAACCUAGAGGCCAAAGGCAGCGAUGUCGUCGAUCCUAAAGACUUUAAAGAGCGUCUUCAGAAAACUAAUGCGCUCAUCCAGAUGCUACAGGACUACUUGGCAAGUAACACUGUUCGAGAAUCCAUUCUGAACGACCUUCCCACUGCGGCAUCCGUCGUAUGGAGUCUCAAGUCUCAGGUUGCGGAAAAGUAUAUGCAGGCGCGUAUAUUCGAUCUUGAAGACCUCUAUUUCAGACUGCAUCAAUUUGGUCUGGAUACGUUCCUCAAAGUGCCGGCCGAACUGUAA